UUUGGCCAAUAUGCACUGCCAAAACUUACGAAAAAUGCCAGUUAAGAUAACACUUUCUAAAUCAGGACCCUAGUUUUUAACGGCGAAUUCUUAUCUUUGUUUGAACGUAGUUUAACAAAAUGGCGAAAAUACAACUUUUGUUUUUGUUUUAUUCGUUUACCGCAGCCAGUUGUAUAUUUCUGGCACAUGACUGCAAUAUGUCCAAUCUAUCCACACGUUACAGUACAUGCCCACCUAAUUCGUGCUGCUGCGAGGACCCCACACAAACAGGACAGUUUUACUGUAAACCAGUCAGCGACGUCGGUGGUCCAUGUUACGCUGCAGCCAAGGAGUGGGCCGGAAGUUGUCCUUGCAAUCAUACACUGACAUGUGUCCCGAAUCUGCAAGUUGCAACAUGGACUUCUAAAUACGGAACCUGUCAGAAAGUGACAAUUUGAAAUCAUUUUGAUUUUUUCAUCAGAAAUAAAUUCCAUACAAACAUUUUAAA